AUGACGGACCAGUAUCUGCAAGAGCAGCAUGCCCUUACCAUUGCCCGCACCGUCCAGAGGGAACGAGAGCUCGCCCAGGCCCGACUGGAUUCUGACCAUGGCGAUAGUUGGGUCAUGAUCACCCAGACGGGUGAUAUCAACCCUCUACCUCACGAGCACAUCAGACACAGGUCCAAUGCGAAAAUCAGCCUCGACCUGUCUGUACCCAAGGCUUUGCAACAAGGCCGGACGCCAUUCACGCAAAAAAGCAGUGACGGGACGGUAUACAUCACAACGCAACGGGUUAUCUACAUUCCCGCAAGGCCAACCCCCGAGUUCAAGUCGUUUCACGCGCCUAUCCUCAACUGUGUCGACACGUAUGUGGGCUCGCCAUUCUUCGGCGCGUGGUACUGGUCUGCCACCGUCGUGCCGGUCCCGGGAGGUGGCGUACCUGCCGACAUUCCGAGGGUCGAGCUGAAGCUGAGCUUCAAGGAGGGAGGGCACAGCGAGUUCAGGCAGAGGUUCGAGGAGCUGAAGGAACGAUUGGAGCACGUCAGGCGACUACAGCAGGAGACGGGGCAAACGGUCAACAUCCCGGACGAGCCGCUGCCGGCCUACGAGGCGACGGAGGGUGGAGGCGCCGAAGCGUCGAGCAACCUCACCCCUCAGCAGCCGGUGAGUAGGUCAGCAAGCUCGGGCAGCCAGAACCGACGACCGGACGAGCCGCCACCAGAUUACGACGAGGCGCAGGCGCAGACGCUCAGCAUGCGACUCGAAGAUCACAUUCGCGAGGAGUCGGACAGAUCAUGA